CGUUCGAGCACACCUUUCAAACACGAAUAAUACAAAAAUGCAUUCGCUAUUUAUCUUCUGCAUAUUCUACAAACCCCCAGACAAAGUGCCCGAAGUCACGUGCGAACAUCCGGAUUUCCGAUACAUCUUCGAAGUACAAAGUGCCCAAAGAUGCUGUUUUGGCAACACGCGCGAACGAAACACAAACCUAACCGGCAAAGGCCUGUCUCCGCACCAACUAAGAACCGCCCAAGAUGUCUUUCCUAACGUGUCGCCGAACAAGUACAACUUGGAGCCUUUCUCUUCUUCCAUGUGGCCCAUACUGCACAAGUGUCGCAGCGUUUUCGGCGUGCCUGGAUUGGGGUACAAGCAAUUGCGCUGGCCGGAGAAGGAAGGCUUCAAGACGCCGUCUCCCUUGGACUAUGCGCCUUCGUUGCUCAAGAAAACGUAUACGCAGUACAAGAAGCCUUUCGGUAAAGGCUCGCCGGCGCGCGUUUUGAAAAUUAAGGACUAUCCUGGGCCAGGCUUUUAUGACCUAAUGAAUACCUACAAAUGUCGAAAACCUCCUGGACAGUAUAACUUGGGUCAUCCAAAAAUUCUACCGUGUAUAGAAAUGAUCUGCGUUAAGGAGCCCACCCAUACUUGUCAAUUCUGCAACAAACUAUGCCGUGGAGAUUAUUGGCAUAAAAACAAAGAAGUAUUCCUUUGUCAGGUAUGUUGGCAAAUAGAGAAGAUGACCAACGAAUAUUUGAGUCUAAGCGAUUUAAAGAAAUACAAGAAACUCAGGAAUUGCUCUUUCAUGCACGAACACAAUAAUACCACGGCAGCUUUGAGGAUCAUGGAACCCAAUCAAGUGAAGAAAAAAUUAAGAUUGGAGAAUUACCUUAACGUGUACAUCAGUUGCUACGAUAAAUAGCAGAAUAUGUUUAUUAUAUAAAUAGCAAAAUUAAAAGUAAAAAAUUUAUAUUUUUUUUUA